AUGAACGCGCCUCACAGAACUCCCGGCAGCAAUUCCGCUGGGAAUACCGGCCCCGGGUCACACCGGUCCCGCUGCAUUAGUUUAGAUCCACGGGUUCAUGAACACAUUCCACCGCAUUUCCUACCGAAUUUGGCCAAAUACAAAUAUAGCGGUAGUGACUCUGGCAUAAUUUCGAACUAUGUCAUGCAGCCAUACUGGAACUUUAUCGUAAGUCUUGUUCCCAUGACUGUCGCGCCCAACGCCAUUACCGUCACGGGGUUUGUGAUGUGCCUCUCUUCUGCGCUUUUGGUUAUGUUCUUUUACUACUUCGGAAAUGCCGAGUAUCCUUGUUGGGUGUGGCUGUAUGCCGUCAUAUGCCUUUUUGCGUACCAGACACUUGAUGCAAUAGAUGGAAAACAGGCCCGUCGUACUAAUACGGGGUCACCACUUGGUGAAUUGUUUGACCAUGGGUGUGACGUCAUAUUAACACCUUUUGUACAAAUGAUGAUAUGCUGUGCUCUAAAUACGCCUCCCUGUGUUACCUUUGUGUACAUCACACUCUCAUCAUGCGCAGUCUUUGGUGCCAUCUGGGAGCAGUUUGUCACCGGUACACUUGACUUCGGUUACGUCAAUGGUCCCACUGACGGCAUAUUGCUCGCGUGCGGUAUUUUUCUCAUCACAGCCAUCAUGUCACCAGCCGUGUGGGAUACUCAAGUGGCUGGACCUUACGAGGUGCCGUUGCCGUCAUGGUUAGGCAGUUGCGGUGGCUCGUUCGUGAUUGGAUCAGUGCGGAGUAUGUUAUUUACCUUUUAUGUGGUAUCUGGGACUCUGACACUGCUAACAAACAUAUUGCAUGUUUUAAAAAGGCCAAACAUUCAGAAACCUGGUAUGGCCGUGACAACUGCCCUACCGGUUGUCUGCUUGCUGGUACUUCACGUCUGGAUGUAUCUGGUUUACCGCCCCAUCCAUGAGAAGUAUCCAUAUGCACUGGAGUUGAGUUUUCACGUUUUGAUAUCUUACACUGCCACACGCAUGACUGUUUCCAGGUUGUGCGCAAUGCCGUUUAACCUUUUCAGUGGGUUGUUUAUCAUUACACUACUCUUCACUGUUGCUCCGCUCUUCAUCCACACCUACUUGCCUCUUGCUGAGGAAAAAUAUGUAUUGCCAUCACUUGGCUCCGCCACAGUGGCGCUUGCAGUACUGGGGUUCUGGCAGUACUUCCAUAUGAUUCUUUCCGUUAUCACACAGAUGGCGUACUUUCUUCGCAUUUCGGUUUUUUCUAUUACAUCGCGUCAUGACUCCAACACGAAGUGGGAGUAG